UAAACAGUGUGUGAAAUAAUCAGUUUAAUAAAUUCACGCAAAAAUUAAAAAAUUAAAAACACAAAAUGGGUAUUUUAAAUCCUGAAGAACUAGAUAAGUGGAAUUCACACCUGUUGGAACUACACACAGAAAAAAACUGGAAAGAUAUAAUAGAAAUGGAAUCUUUAGUGCCUCCAGAAAUUAUGUUGGAUAUUAGAAAACGUUAUUUAUGGGCCUGGCCCCAUAUAGAAGACUUAAUUUUCAUAGCGGAAUUAGCAAAGGAAGAAAGCCUUUCAAGAGGAUAUUUAAGCAUAGGAUGCGGUUCAGGAUUAUUGGAGUGGCUUAUAAAUAUAUACACAGGAGUUUCCAUAACAGGAUUAGAAAUCGAUGAAGGCUGGUGGAACAGUAAGCAUUGCUCUGUGCCAUUUUUACCUUUAAAUUUUGUAUCAAGAAGUGAAAUAAACCCCAUAGACUUCGUAAUGAAUAAAGAAAUAGUGAUACCAAAUAAAGACGAAGAAUCAUUAGAUAAAUUAAAUAACAAUGCGGAAAACCAUAAUGAUUUCGGUUUACUGUUUUGCUAUUUUAAUAAUAGUAAUGCAUUUAAUAACUAUGUUGAUAAUUAUAAAGGAAAUGUGAUAGUAAUAAUAGGACCUAAGGAAGGACAAAAUGUUUACACAGAGCCUCUGCCGUGGAAACCUAUGUUCAGGAAUUCUGAAGAAUGGAAUUUAUUUUCACAAAAAUCUAUGGGUAAUGGACGCGAUUUGAUUGCUUUCUAUAAGCGAAAUAAAUAGAAAAUUAAAAUAUUAUAUUAAUAUUUUAAUGAAGUUAAUAAAUUACAUAUAUCUGGACCUGUUUGAGAAUAAGACUGUUUUUGUGGUGAAAAUUAUA